GCUUUACGUAUCCAUAUCCGUUCUCAGGUCUCCAUUACCGGUAGACUGCGUGACCUUAGGCCCAGUGGUCAUUCAACCUUUCCACCUCUUAGCCGAGUAUCGGUCGGAUCGGAUCUCCGAGCCAUUCCUGGCUCUCGCAUCUCCUUCGUCCUUCGUCGGCAGACUCCUCAACACCUCUCUUCCUCCAAGUUCCUUUCUCAUAAUGAUGCGCCGGUUCGUAACACGAGCCCCCCGAAGGGUCACAACACUCGGCCCCCGGGCUUCUUCUAUGUCUCCCGCCUCCGUCGCCAUCCGCUGUCUCUCCACCUCACCCAGGAUGGCUCAGUCGCCGCCUGCGAAGGCCUUCGCCGCCCCCGCAGACGCCUUCCAACUCCUCCCCGAGUCCAGCAAAGCCGGUUCGGCCGAGGACGCUCUAUAUGAUGCCCAGAUCAAGGAAGUGGAAGCCUGGUGGCAAUCGCCUCGCUUCGAGGGCAUCAAGCGGCCCUAUAGUGCCGCCGAUGUCGUGUCCAAGCGUGGUACCCAGCAGCAGACCUACACGAGCUCCCUCAUGGCCAGGAAGCUCUUCAACCUCAUCCGCGAGCGUGAGGCGGAGGGAAAGCCCAUCCACACCAUGGGAGCCAUUGAUCCCGUUCAGAUGACGCAACAAGCUCCUCACCAAGAGGUCCUCUACAUCUCGGGCUGGGCUUGCUCCUCCCUCCUGACCACGACCAACGAAGUGUCCCCCGACUUUGGCGACUACCCUUACAACACCGUGCCCAACCAAGUGCAGCGCCUGGCCAAGGCCCAGUCCAUGCACGACCGCAAGCAAUGGGAUACCCGCCGCAAGCUCUCGCCCGAAGAGCGCGCCCGGACCCCGUACACCGACUACCUCCGCCCCAUCAUCGCCGACGGCGACACCGGCCACGGCGGCCUCUCGGCCGUCCUCAAGCUCGCCAAGCUCUUCGCCGAGAACGGCGCCGCGGCCGUGCACUUCGAGGACCAGCUCCACGGCGGCAAGAAGUGCGGCCACCUCGCCGGCAAGGUGCUCGUCCCCGUGGGCGAGCACAUCAACCGCCUCAACGCCGCCCGUUUCCAGUGGGACGUCAUGGGCACCGAGAACCUCGUCAUCGCCCGCACCGACUCGGAGAGCGGCAAGCUGCUGAGCAGCGCCAUCGACGUCCGCGACCACGAGUUCAUCCUGGGCGUGAACGACCCGGCCGUCGAGCCCCUCGCCGAGACCAUCCAGGCCAUGGAGGCCAAGGGCGCCGCCGGCGCCGAGAUCGACGCCUUCGAGGCCAGCUGGGUCAAGAACGCCAAGCUGAUGACCUUUGACGACGCCGCCGCCGCCCACCUGCAGAACGUCGGCGCCCCCCAAGCCGCCAUCGACGCCUACCAGGCCGCCGUCCGCGCCGACCGCGACAUGGGCAUCUCCCAGCGCCGCAAGCUGGCCGCGCAGCACACCCCCGCCGGCGCCGAGCCCGUGUACUUCUCCUGGGACGUCCCGCGCACGCGCGAAGGCUACUACCACUACCGCGCCGGCAUGGACGCCGCCACGAAGCGCGCUCUCGCCUUCGGCCCUUACGCGGACCUCCUCUGGGUCGAGACGGGCGACCCCGACGUCCGAGUGGCGACCGACCUGGCGCGCGCCGUCCGCGCCGUCUACCCGGGCAAAGGCCUCGUGUACAACCUCUCGCCCAGCUUCAACUGGAUGGCGCACGGGUUCACGGACGAGACGCUCAAGAGCUUCAUCUGGGACAUUGCGCGCGAGGGGUUCGUGCUGCAGCUCAUCUCGCUGGCCGGCUUGCACUCCAACGCUACCAUCACCCACGAGCUGGCGCGCCAGUUCAAGACGGAUGGCAUGCUGGCGUACGUGGACCUCGUGCAGCGCCGCGAGAAGGAGACGGGGUGCGACGUGCUGACGCACCAGAAGUGGAGCGGUGCGAGCUACAUCGAUGGGAUCUUGGGGGCUAUCCAGAGCGGUAGCUCGAGCAGCAAGAGCAUGGGCGAGGGUAACACGGAGGACCAGUUCAAAUAGACCAUGUUUGGGUGGUGGCUUUUGAGUGAGAUGGAAGAGAAAAAGGGAACGGGGCAUUUUGGGCGGCGUUUUUUUCUGUCGUGUUCUAUUAUAUAUUUUGGCAUAGUUGACCAGCCACCU